AUGGUCGAUUACCUGAAGAAGACGUGUAUUGCUCAAUCACACAUUCAUGAUACUACUGCUAUGUGUCCAAGAAACAAGAAGAUUGCGACGAAAGAGGAAGAGAGCAAACAAUUUGCCAUGGACGAGCAGAUUGAGACCGGUUUCAAGUGGUCUGAAGUUGUCUGGUAUAAUGUGAUCGUGCUGGCCUUGUGGCACAUUGGGGCACUGUACGCACUACUAUUCGUCAUGCCGCACUGUUCGUUCAAGCAAUUGCUGGUGCUCUGGGUUUUGCUCUGGAUUGUGGCCGGCCUGGGCAUCACGGCAGGUGCACACCGUCUCUGGUCACACCGUGGCUACAAGGCUAAGCUACCAUUACGUAUAUUCCUCAUGCUGUGCAACUCGAUGGCAUUUGAGGGCACCAUUUUUGAGUGGUCUCGCGACCACCGUGUACACCACAAAGGAUCAGACACGACGGCAGACCCGCACAACUCGGAGCGUGGACUCUUCUUUGCGCACAUGGGCUGGGUCAUGGUGCGCAAGCACAAGAACGUGCGCAUUGCCGGUAAGAAGCUUGAUUUCUCGGACCUCCUGGAUGAUCCUGUCGUUACCUUCCAGAUCAGGCAUUAUUUGAAGAUGGUGCUACUCAUGUGCUACCUGUUGCCCACGGCCCUGGGCUACUAUCUUGAUAGUAUCUGGGCGGGUUUCUGGGUAGGCGGUGUCUUUCGUCACGUCUGGGUACUACACAUGACGUGGAUGGUGAAUAGUGUAGCGCACUUCUUUGGGUACAGGCCAUACGACCGCAAAAUCCAUGCCGUCGAAAAUCUUAUCGUUGCGCUCGGUGCACUCGGCGAGGGCUACCACAAUUACCACCACAAGUACCCGUCAGAUUACGCGACGAGCGAGUGGGGAAUCCUUAGCGGACAAUUUAAUCCGACCAAGGCGUUCAUCGACUUUUGCGCCCUAAUUGGCCAGGCCUACGAUCUCAAGCGUAGUCGUACAGCCGCGAAAACCCGCGAGCACAUGGCGAAGCAGUUUUGCGAGGAGCGUCUGAAACGCGGAACAAGUCCGGAUAUGUCAUGGUGGGACCGCCAACUGAGUCAGUUCUUUUUUGGCAAGUCGGAAGCUCAGAUCUUUUAG